UCCGGAGCCCGUAGACGGGCAGAGUGCGUGUGGCUGACCGCCAGCGAGGGAGUUUUUGGCGGCUUGGGGCAAGUCGCCCUUCGCGGUUUAGCUGAGCGCACUGUAACCCUCUUGUCUCCCGCGCAGGGGCCAUGGACGAGCAGGAGAGGCAGAAGAAGCUGGAGGCCGGCAAAGCCAAGCUUGCACAGUUUAGACAACGAAAAGCACACACUGAUGGGGAGCAUGCACUCAAGAAGCAGAAGAAGAAGAAAAAGGUAUCAAAAAUCAAAGAUGAAGAAUUGGUACAAGAAGGUUUGGAUAUUAACCAAUUGCAAACUGAAGAUGCAUCCCCACAUAGCUGUCAAAGAGGAGCAGCUGCUACAUCUGAAUCUGUUGUAGUGAGAACUUUGCACAGUGAUGAAAUGAUAAAGCAUGAUCAAACAUAUACCACAGAUCUGGAAAGUGAGAUUUCCACUGCAGCAGAUGAUUACAGCUCAGAGAUAAAUGGUGGCAAUUUUUUGACAAGAACAGAUGUACCUUCUGACUUUAUUAGGGAAGAAGAAUUGGAAUUUGGAGAGAAGUAUACUGAUCAUGAGGUGCAGAAUACUGUAACAGAACUGGAGAUGAUGAAGAAUGAAUUGGCUGGAAAGCAGCAAGAGAUUGAAGAGCUAAAUAAAGAGCUAGAAGAAAUGAGGGCAGCGUAUGGUACAGAUGGAUUGCAACAGCUGCAGGAAUUUGAAACUGCUAUCAAAAAAAGAGACGACAUUAUAACUCAGCUCACUGCUAAUCUGCAGCAAGCCAGGAAGGAAAAGGAUGAAACUAUGAGGGAAUUUUUGGAAUUGACAGAACAAAGUCAAAAACUGCAAAUUCAGUUUCAGCAUUUGCAGGCAAGUGAAACUUUAAGGAACACUAGUCACAGCAGUACAGCUGCUGACCUACUGCAGGCUAGGCAACAGAUAUUUGCGUAUCAGCAACAGCUUGAAGAACAGGAGCAGCUGUUGAGGAACUAUCAGAAGAAAAAUGAUGACUUUGAAGUACAGAUUUCCCUUCUGCAACAGAAAAUCACUGACCUGGAAAAAUGGAAAGCUGAAGAAGAUUGUUGUAAGAAGAAGAAAAUGCAAGAGCAACAAACAACUAUUGAAGAACUGGAGGCAAAACUUAAAGAACAAGAAGAAAAUAUAUUCCUUUAUCUGAAAAAAUUAUCAAUUGCUGAGAAAUCUCUAGAGGAAUUAAAAGAAGAGACCUUUCAAAAGAAUCAAGAGAUAUAUAAUGUGAGGCUCGAACUAACAACUUCUAAACAAAAAGAAAGGCAAUGUUCUGAUGAAAUAAAACAGUUAAUGGGAACUGUGGAAGAGCUGCAAAAGCGGUGUCACAAAGAUACCCAACAUGAGAAUGAUAUUAUACAAAAAAUGGAACUUGAAGCCCAAAGAAAACUUGCAGACCUGACGGCAGAAUUGGAGGAAAUGCAUGGCCAGCAGAUUGUACAAUUGAAGCAAGAGUUAAUUAGAGAACAUUCAACAGAAAUUGAAAAGCUCCUUGCCCAACAAAAAGCAGAUCUAGAGAGAACUUUGAAUUUAUGUUCUGAUAAUACUAAUGAAGACCAAAUACACUUAAUGAAUAUUGCAAUGAAUGAGCUGAAUCAGAUGCUUCAGGAUGCUAAUUAUCAAAGAGAAAAAGUAAAACAAGAAUUGUCUGAACAGGUUGAACUGUUAUCCUUGGAAAAAUCUUCCCUUCAAAAUCAAGUGGAAGAUCUUUGUCAGGAGCUGAGCUUUGCUAGAGAACAAAUGCAAAGAGUUAAGAAGACUGUAAAUGAAAAAGAAUCCAAAUUACAGGAAGUAGACAUGUUAAAAACCUCUAUUGGAGAUCUAAAAGCCCAACUUGCUUCAGCCUCAAAGAUCAAGGAAGAACUAGAAUUAAAACAUGAGGCAGAAGUUACAAACUAUAAAAUAAAACUUGAAAUGCUACAAAAAGAAAAGGAUGCUGUUUUGGAUAGGAUGGCAGAAUCUCAAGAAGCAGAACUAGAGAGAUUGAGGACUCAGCUUUUGUUCAGUCAUGAAGAAGAGUUAUCAAAACUUAAAGAAGAUUUACAAGUAGAACACAAGAUAAAUAUUGAAAAUCUUAAAGAUAAUAUGGCUAUGCAAGCUAAACAGCAAUUAGAUGAUUUGCAGAAUGAAAUGAGCAAAAAAAUUGAAGCUGUGCAGUUUGAAAAUGACAACUUAAUAAAAAAUCAGAACCAACUCACAUUGGAAAUAUCAAGACUAACAGAUUUACAUCAGUCCACUGUAAAUUCUAACUCCAAAGAAAUGAUGCUCCAGGUACAUAAUCUCCAGAAAGAGAUAGAAGUUCUUAGACAACAAGAAAGGAAAAAUGGUAUACUUAAACAGGAAGUUCAGGAGUUACAAUUUAAAACAGAAUUACUUGAGAAACAAAUGAAAGAGCAAGUGCAUUGUCUUCAAGAAAAGUAUUUAUUGCUUGAAGCACAAAAUAAUGUUCUUGAAGGUGAAAAUAGGGCUCUGCAAGAGAAAUUAAACAAAUACACAUUUAGGAAUGUGGAAGGGAACUUGAUUUUAACUAGUGGCAUUAGUUCCAAGACAGAGGAUUUUGAUUUACAAAAAAGAAUAGAAAAAUUAAUAGCUGAAAAUGAAAAACUUGUACAACAAGAUAUUAAACAGAAGGAAGAGAUUGAUACACUAAAGCAUUCCUUUUCAUUUGCUGAAAUAAAUUUUAAGCAAAACUACCAAGAACUCGAAGAAAAUUAUACUUCUCUUUUAAAGGUAAAAUUGGAUUUAGAAGAGAGCAAGAACAAGAAUGAAGCUGAAUAUAAAACCAAGCUCCAGGCUUUGAUGGAAAAGAUCCAGCAUGUACAAGGAGAUUUUCCAACAGGGUUGGAAACUCAAAGUACAGUUGUUCAUGGUAAGAGAGAAAAAAUCUUAAAAUCAGAGAUAUCUGAUUUUGAGGAAGUUGUAGAAAAAGACACAACAGAACUUAUGGAAAAACUUGAGGUCACUCAGCGUGAGAAAUUAGAACUUUCAUUAAGACUUUCAGAUCUUUCUGAACAGUUAAAAUUAAAGCACCAUCAAAUCUGCCAAUUAAAUGCUGAAGUUAUGUGUCUAAAACAAGAUAAAGAACACAUUUCAGCAAGGUGUAAAGAACUAGAAAUUGUAGUUAGUCACAAACUGGAAGAGAAUAUGAACUCUUACGAACAUGAGACAAAAGACUCCAGUGGGGAACUAGCCAAAGACCAUUCUACAGCUAGUGAACCUGGGAACUUUAUUUCUGACUUCAACCAAAAAAUUGACAGAUCGGUAAGAGAAAAAGAAGGGAAAUUAAUAUCAAGCCAACUUUUGGCUCAUAACAUUCCAGUGGAAGAGAUACUUCAACAGAAGCUUAGUCCAGAACCAGAAUCACUGUUGGAUAACUUUAAUCAAAUGCAUGACGAAGUAACAGAGGACCCUGUGUGUGUGAACUUUGUGCAAAGUGAACACAAGCUUAAAGAACAGCUAGAUACGUUGAAAGCUGAACAGAGUGAUUUAAAGCUGCAGUUGGAGGCCCAACGUAUUUGUCUCUCUCUGGUUUACUCGGCUCAUGUGGACCAGGUGCGCGAAUACAUGGAAAACGAAAAACAGAAUGCGCUUUCUGCUCUUAAAGAAGAGCUCCAGCUACGUCAUACACAAGAGUUGUACGAGCUUAAGAAAAAUCAGACUGUGAAGGAUCAAAAAACAGAUGAAGACCAGUCUGCAUGGGUGCAUCUUGAAGAACUUAGCAAGACAAUAGUUGAAGAAUGUUCAAAGCUCACUAAGUCAGUACAUGAAAUUCUUCCUGAACAGUUUUCAAAUGGUGUUGAACUUGGUGUUGGUGAGAGAAAUCAGUCUAACUCAGCAUUAAUGCCAACAGAAGACCCUCAAGUUUUGGAAGGAACCCUACAAAGUCGCCUGAAUAAUAUAAUGGAAAAGUCCCAGAGGUUACUGGAAUAUCAAAUAGAAUUCAUAAAAAGUAGAAAAAAGAUUGAAGACCAGCUGACAUACCCUGCUGAUUAUAAUGAAAAAGAGACUGGCUCUCUUCAGCAGAAUGCAGAAUGUUUGCCUACUGGAUCUCAGGAUCUUGUUGGUAUUAAAGUUAAGUCAGUUUGUCAGGAAGAAGUAGAGAACUUGAAAUUUCAGCUUGAAGAACAACAUGCCCAAGAAAUUGAGCAUCUUCGAUCAUAUUUCCAUCAGCAGUUAAAAGAAACCGAGAAAAAAUAUUUUGCAGAGAUAGUUUGCCUACAGAGUAGACUCCAAAUUGCCAGUGAGUCUUCUGAAAGUUGCAGUGUUUCUGUGGAGUCACAUGUAAAUGAAGUUAAGCAGAAAGAAAAACAUGCUGAAAAUGAUAUUCAGAAAAGUGCUGGGAAGAUAGUAGAGUUUUCUAAUGAAGCUGAUGUGACUGAAUUGCUGGAAAAAGAGUACCAAGAAAAGCUGUUACAAGAAGUGGCAAAGGUGGUUGUAACCCUGAGUGUAGAAUUUGCACAGAAAAAUGAACUGGCAAGAAUUGCUAAUCUAAAGGAAGAAGAAAUUUCACUGAUGGAACCAAUAGGAACUCAGCUGGAAAAUACGUACCAUAGAAAGGAAUAUCCAGAAGAAUUAAAUCAUGUAAAUGAGAAGAGAUGUACUGAGCAUGAAAAAUUGUGUGGUAAAAUGUCAUCACUUGAAGGACAAUUUGAACCUGAUGCUAAACAUGCUACAAUAUAUAAUGUGCAACAUUUUAAUCCAAAGGUUUCAACAGACUAUACCUCCUAUAAAGAAGAAUUUAUUGAAAAGGUACCUAUGAUUACAAAUGAAGUUUCAACUUCCAGCAUUGUUACUUCAAGCCAGAUAUUGUCCCAUGAGGAGCGUCUGGAAGAUAUGCGUCAAGAGCUUGUCCGUCAGUAUCAAGAGCAUCAGCAGGCAACAGAAAUACUGAAACAGAGUCACAUGCAGCAAAUGGAGAGGCAGAAAGAAAAUCAAGAGCUUCUCCUAGCAGAGCUUGAUAAUCUUAAAGUACAGUUAGCAGAGAAUGUCACAUUAGAUAAUGAAAAUGCCGUUACAGAAAGAGAACAAAUGCUUUUAGAUGAACUAGAAUCACUAAAGAAGCAAUUAAUAUCUGGGAGAGGGAAGCAACUCUCUGAGCUAAAAAGCAGCAGUACUCAAACACAGAAUGAAAGUGUAAGUCAGACUGAAACUAAAGAGCCUAUUUUACAAGUUGAAGAUGGAGAAGAAAAACAUGAACAAACUUCUCUGGACGUUCUUUCAAAAGAAAGAUGUGCCUUGCAGAAAGCCGGUAACAGACUGAUGAAGAUUCUGUUGGAUAUUGUGAAGACUACUGUCGCUGUAGAAGAAACAAUUGGACACCAUGUUGUGAAACUGCUAGAUCAGUCACCAAAAUCUCAGUUCCCUUUUAAAAGUCUUGCAUGGGAGGCAAGAGCAGAAGACAUCAUAAAACCAACCAUCUAUGUGGGAUAUGAACCAGAAAGGUCAUCAUCUCAGUAUAUUGGCAAUGAUCUUGAAAGUCAUGACAAUGCCAUGUGGUCAGAAGUCACAGAUGAAGGGUUUGAACUCACCCAGUUCCUUGGCAUGGAAAUAGAUGCAAAAAAUGAAGAACUAAUUUUAAAUAUCAAUACCCGACUUCAAGCAGCAUUUGAAAAACUUCUUGAAACAAUAAAUGAAACUGCUAAUCAGCUUGAACAUGCAAAAGCUACACAAACAGAAUUGAUGCAAGAAUCCUUUAAAUGGGAACAUGAAGCUACUGAAUUAACCAAAUGUCAGGAAGAAUUACAGGAAAGGUUUGAUGAAGAGGUCCGAGCUAGAGAGCAGAUAGCACUGGAGCUUAGCAAAGCAGAGAAUCUUAUUGAUGGUUAUGCAGAUGAAAAAUCACUUAUGGAAAAACAAAUCCAGGAAAAAACAGAUGCAAUAGACCAUCUUGAGCAAGAGCUACUUCAUACAGGUAACAAAUUACAGGAGCUAGAGGCUGAGAGACAGCACCUUCAGGAAGAGAAAGAAUUGCUCUUCAGACAAAAGGAUGCUAUGAAAGCUGAUGCAGGACCCAUAGAACAACGCCUAGUAGAUGCUGCAGUCGAUGCAGCUUCCCAAGCAGAGUUGCUGGCGGAGACAGAAAAGUUAAUGAAAGAAAAAAUAGAAGUGCAGCGGCAGGCUGAAAAAGAAUAUAAUUACCUUCAAAAGCAGGUGAAGGCACUGGAAGCUGAUUUAGAGGAGCAGGUCAACCAGUUUUUGGAACUAGAGCAAGAAAAAAAUGCAGAGUUAAUGGAUCUAAGGCAGCAAAACCAAGCUCUGGAGAAACAGCUUGAGAAAACAAAGAAAUUUCUAGAUGAGCAGGCAGUUGAUAGGGAACAUGAGAGAGAUGUCUUCCAGCAAGAAAUACAAAAGCUUGAGCAACAACUUAAAAUUCCUCAGAAAUUUCAACCAGUCAGUGAACAUCGAAACAGAGAGGUUGAAGAGUUAACAAAUAAUCUUAAGGAAAAAACAGACAAAUGCAGUGAGCUUUUGCUCUCGAAGGAGCAACUUGAGAGAGAUGUGCAAGAACGGAAUGAAGAAAUUGAAAAAUUAGAGUGUAGAAUCCAAGAACUGGAACAAGCUUUAAUGAUCAGUGCAGACAAUUUGCAAAAGGUGGAAGAAAGGAAGCAAUUUGGGUCUGCAGCUGUAAGGGGGGACUUGCCUCUAGAAGCACAGCUACAGGCUGAGCAAGAAGCUGUAGACAGGAAGGAAAAAGAGAUCAUAAAUCUUGAAGAACAAUUAGAACAGUUCCGUGAAGAACUAGAAAACAAAAAUGAAGAAGUACAGCAGUUGCACAUGCAGCUACAAAUUCAGCUAAAAGAGUCCACAACCCGACAACAAGAACUUGAGCAAGAAAAUAAAUUAUUUAAGGAAGACAUGAAAAAAUUGGGGCUAGCUAUCCAGAAUCCUGAAGAUACUUCUAUAAAGGGUCAUCAUCAAGUUCCUGGGAAAUACAUACAGAUCAUACAGGAAAAGGAACAGAAAAUCCAUGAACUCCAUGAACAAAUUUCAAAAUUGCAACAGCAGCUUGAAAUUACAACAGAUAAUAAAGUGAUUGAGAAGAAAAAUGAGCACAUAAAAGAACUGGAAGCCCAAAUAGAAUACUUAAAGAGUGACCAAGAACGUGUCAAACAGAACAGUGAACAGGAAAUAGAACAGCUGAAUGAAGUUAUUGAAAAACUCCAGCAGGAAAUGGUGUCUAUUGAACACAAGAUACGUUUGGACUUUUCACUGACUCAAGAUGAUGUAGAUAAUCUAAAACAGCAGCUAGAUGUUGUAUUGGCAGAAAAAGAAGAUUUGGUGAUACAAGUGGAAAAUAAUGUUAGGCAGUUAUCUGUUACAAAGAAUGAACUUGAGGGGAAACAAAUAAAAAUAAUAAAGUUAGAGAAAGAACUAGACAUAUUGAAAGAAGAACUUGAAAAGACUAGAGAAAAACAUAAAAAUAUGCCAACAACAAUUGAUAAUGCACAAAUAGGAAGAAAGAUGGAAGAAAAAAAUAAAAAUCUGGCCACUGGAUCAUCUCAGAUAUUAAGAAAUGAAGAAUCAUUAGGUCAUGUGCAUGAAAAUGCCAAAAAUUCUUCUAGCAUUGGUACAAAGUUACAGGUACUUCAGAAAGCUCUAGAGGAGAGGGAUUUAGAGACAAUCCAAUGCCACAAGCAUCUCAAGGAUUUAAAAGACCAAGCCCAGGCAGAGUCAAAAGAGCUCAAACAGAGAAUAAUAGAGCUGGAAGAAACCCUUGAGCAAAAGAUUGCUGCUGCCCUUGAGGGUCAAACUGAAUUGAAUGUGGUUCUGCAGCAAAGUCAGCUUUCUCCCCAGGUAGCUGCCGUUUCGGGAGAUGUCAAAGAAGAAGCUCUAUGUAUUCCAACAGAAAAUGCCAAACAUAUAGGUGGGGAAGAUGCAAUGGCUAGGUUGUUAGAGCUAUCAGAGAAACUUUCAGAGAUGCAGAGCCAACUGGCAGAUGCGCAGAAUAAUCUUCAACUAGAAAGAACAAAAAUGGAAAUUGUACAGAAGGAGGCAAAAGAAAAGGAAGAAAGACUUACUGAACUUCAGCGACUGGUAACAGAAGUAGAACAAAGCUUUAAGGAAGGAAAAAUGCAAACUCAGGUGGUCACAGAGCUGAGUGAAAACAAGCCAAGAAACGACCCUGAAUUAGAAAAAGUCAGAGCAGAGUCAGCUGCAGCCAAGGAAGAACUUAAUAGCUACAAAGAAAAAGCAGAGAAAUUGGAAGAACAGUUAAUGGUAAAAGAAACAAGCCUGAUCCGUCUUCAAGAAGAACUAGGGCACACCAGGAAUAAAUUAGCUCAGGCAGAAGAAAAAAUUGCAGGAUAUAUAAGGAAGGAGAAGAAUAUUGUAAAACCGGAGCAAAUAGGCACGAAACAGAUAAAUGCAUCAAGUCAGACUGAAAAAGCACAACAGAUCAGUAGCUGCAACCAAACCUCACAACUCCUUGUCAAAAGUGAAGGAAUUCAGAUUGAUUUACCAAAUGAAUAUUCUUCAGAAGAAGUUACAGAAAUCAUAAGAGAAUUCAAUGAAAAAAUCGAACAAAUGCAGGAAUUACAUGCUGCUGAAAUAAUGGACAUGGAGACUAGGCAUAUCUCAGAAUCAGAAGUGUUGAAAAGAGAGCAAUUUAUUGCAGUACAGGAAUUAACAGAAGAACGUAAUGCUUUGAAAAACGUCAUAGACGUCUUAAGAAAUAAAGAGGGGAUCCCGGGUGUAGCACAGUCUGCAACUUCUGUUGCCAGUGAUAGAUCCUAUAUUGACUCUGCUUCGGACUGGAACCAAGGAAGAUAUCUAGCACCAAACCAUGGACCAGAAAGCAUAUCAGAUACAGUAGGAGAUGAAAGGGAAACUGCAAUAGAUUUUCUUCCAAAGAAAAUCAAGGGAUUGCUAAGAGCUAUUCAUCAUGAAGGCAUACAGGUACUUUCUCUCACAGAAUUUCCUUACAAUGAAGGUGAAGUUGUUCCUACUAAACAAGAACUAGAACCUUGGGUAGAAGAACGUAAGGCUUUCUUAAGCAGUAUUUCAUCUUUGAAGGAGUUAAUUGCCAAAAUGCAGAUUCACAGACAAACCCAGUUCUAUGCAGACUCUGAAUCCUCUGACACUAUCUCAGAUUGGCGAGCUGAACUUCUCUGUGCUGUUCAACAAAUUUUCCAAAAAGAAAAGGAUAUUCUUCUAGCAGCAUUUCAAACUGAAUUGACAGAAGUAGGUAUUCAAGACGCUGUGGGACUAAUAGAUCAGCUGGAAAGGAGGCUUCAAGAACAGGUGACAUAUCAGAGGAGUGCUUUGGAUUGCCUUCACAAUGCAGACAGACGAAGUUUGUUAAUGGAAAUCAAUAUGUUGCACGCUCAGCUAAAUAACAAGCAAACUGAUGUAAAGGAAGAAAUAGAGAUUGAACCAAAAUGUCAAGAAUUGUUGGGAUACAAUAUGGAAAUGCAAAUAGAGCUCAAAAAUACCAAGGACAGAGCAGCUGAACUUCAGGAGCAGCUCAGCUCUGAGAGGAUGGUGGUUGCAGAACUAAAGAACGAACUUGGGCAAACUAAGCUGGAACUGGAAACAACACUAAAAGCACAACAUAAGCACUUAAGGGAUCUGGAAGCCAUCAGAAAUGAACUUAAAGGGAAAGCAACUGAAUUUGACAUCUUAAAAGAUACAAUCACAAGUGAACAGAAGAAAUCAAGGGAGUUUCAGUGGGCCCUGGAGAAGGAGAAGGCUAAAGUAGAACACAGUGGAAAAAGAGAAAAAGAAGAGAUUGAGGAUUUGAAAUAUUCUUUUGAAAAUGAAAAACAGAAAAAUAUAGAACUGAGUAAUCUUUUGGAGCUUGAAAGAGAGUUGUCAAAUGAUUUGCAAAAGAAGAUUGAAUCCCAAGAAACACUAACUGCAGUCCAACUAUCUCAGGAGCAUAGCUGUAACUCUGAGCUCCAAGUACUGCUUGAAUCUGAGAGGCUCAAAGUUCUUGAGUUAUGCAGUGCCCUAGAAAGAGAAAAAGACUUAUGUGCCCAGCUCCAAAUGAUUGAACAGACAAAGCGGGAUGGAAGUUCUACACCUGCAGACGAAUUGUUCAAAGAUCUGCAAAAACAAUUGGAUGAAAAGCAUAGCCGUAUAGUUGUACUGGUUAAUGAAAUGGAAAAGAACAAAUUGGAGUAUGUGCAAUUGAAACAACAGGUGGAAAAAGAGAGGCAGAUUCAGAGGAAAACUCUACAGGCAGAACAAGAUGCUAAUAUUCUGGCACAGAAAAAAAUACAUGAACUGGAGUCCAGAGUGGAAGACUUGCAAUGGCAACUUGGAGAAGAGAGACAACAGGUUCAUCAGUUGCUGUGUAAUGAAAAGAAACGUCAAGAAAUGGUCCAAGAAGUACAGCAAAACAUGCAGAGAAAAGAAGUUACUUGGGAUGAAUCUAAUGAACGGACAAGAAAGUGGAUUUUCCAGCAGAAAAUGGGACAAUCUGAAGCAAAAGAAUUGUCUUAUUCUUCCAUAACUGGCAUUGGAGGAGGAGGAGGAGGUGAUGCUGCUAGAGAAUCUCAAGAGCUUGAGAUGGUUAGGCAGAAGCUGAGAAAUGUGUUUUCCAAGUUGAAACAGUUGGCCACUAAAGCUGCCUGCAGGUUACCCUUUGAAAAGGCAGAUGAUGAAGACUUAAUUGGGAUUCAAACUAACAUUGAAGAAGUUCUAUUAAAAUUACAACUGCUGUCUGAUUUAUCCAGCCUGGCGAUUAGUUCAGAUUUGCCAUCUUCAGCUUCAUUGACUGAAAGACUGCUAAAACAGAAUGCUGAACUGACUGGGUUUGUUAGCAGAUUGAGUGAGGAAAAGAACAAUUUGAGGAAUGCAGUCAUGAAACUGGAGAAGGAACUUAGAAGACAUCAACACAUAGGAUCUUGUGGAGACUCGACUUUUAGACAGUCGCUACAUAAUGGAAGAAAUGUUGAUGCACUCAUUGCUUCUGAAAAAGAAAUUUGGAAUAAAGAGAAAUUAAGUCUGCAACAAUCCCUGAAGGAGGCUGAGGCAGAACUGGCCAAAUUGAGAGCAGAAUUAAGAAAUGAGGCUUUUCUAAGAGAACUGGGAUCAGAUUCUGAAAAUGCUGCUUUAAAGAGAGUUUAUGGAAGAUACCUGAGAGCAGAGAGCUUUCGGAAGGCGCUCAUUUACCAGAAGAAAUAUUUGCUGCUCUUAUUGGGUGGGUUUCAGGAGUGUGAAGAAGCCACUUUAACUCUUAUUGCAAGAAUGGGCGGGCAGCCUUCCUACACUCAUCUAGAGGUCAUCACACACCAUUCAAAAAGUUUUACACGAUUUCGCUCAGCUGUUAGAGUAUUAAUUGCAAUUUCAAGAAUGAAGUUUCUAGUUCGAAGGUGGCAACGAGUUACUGGUUAUAAUUUAAUUGGCAUCAAUAGAGAUGGUUGUAGCCAGAACACAGGUAACGAGUUACGGUCUGAUUCAUUUCCUGGCAGUCUGGAACUCUGUGGAGAACCCAGAGCUGCUGCUUACAGAUCCAGAUCGGAGCUGGAAUCUCUCAGAUCUCCUUUUUCUUAUCAACAUAGGUAUCAGGGCAGCCAUGCUGAUUUCAGCCCGGUUUCCCUUGCAUGUUCUCAGCUGCAGAAUUAUGAUCCUGAUAGGGCUUUAACAGAUUAUAUUAAUCGUCUGGAGUCCCUACAGAGACGACUUGGCAACAUACAGUCAGCACCUGCUUCCCAAACUCAGCUGCACUCUGCUAUCCGACGAUAAUCUUUGAAAUAGUUUUGCCACCAAUAGCAACAUCAAAUGAAAUGCCUUCUGCAAAUAUAUGCUGCUGCUGUGCUUUUGUACAAUGUAUAUAUUGUGGGACCAACAUGAACACAGCUCAAUGAUUGUAUGCAGUUCACCUUGCUGACACCUCACAAAGGCUAGAACUUCUGUAUAUAGGCACUUUCUGUAGUUGUUUGAGCCAGAUUAUUAAAUUUCAUGUAUAUUUGUGGAAUGCUAAUUUAAACACUUAAAUUAUUGAAGUGUGUAUUUAUCAAAUGGGUGAGAGGGUGAAACCUUUAUGUAUUGAGAUUGCCGAGUGCAUAGCUCCAGGAGCACAACUUUUUUCCGAUAAGGUCUAAGUGAAGGACUUUUCACAAUUUUAUUCUAUUUGCUACUGGCAUUGCAGAGAGCAAUAUCACUUCUAGAGACCUAUUUUUGUAAAGGUAGAAGUUUUGGAUUUUAUGGGUAUUUUGUCAAAGUGCUGAAAUAAAGAUGAUUUCACCAUUUUAA